UCCUCGGCCCCCGAGAGCUGGGUGCCGCUUUCUGCAGGGUUCCCAGGCCCCCACUCCAGGGCCGGGCUGACCCGACUCGCUAGCGCUUCAUGGAGAACUUCCAAAAAGUGGAAAAGAUCGGAGAGGGCACGUACGGAGUUGUGUACAAAGCCAAAAACAAGGUGACGGGAGAAGUGGUGGCGCUUAAAAAAAUCCGCCUGGACACUGAGACGGAGGGUGUACCCAGUACUGCCAUACGAGAGAUCUCUCUGCUUAAGGAGCUUAGCCACCCUAAUAUUGUCAAGCUGCUGGAUGUCAUUCAUACAGAAAACAAACUCUACCUGGUUUUUGAGUUUCUGCACCAGGAUCUCAAGAAAUUCAUGGAUGCCUCUGCUCUCACUGGCAUUCCUCUUCCCCUCAUAAAGAGCUAUCUGUUCCAGCUGCUCCAGGGCCUAGCUUUCUGCCAUUCUCAUCGGGUCCUGCACCGAGACCUCAAACCUCAGAAUCUGCUUAUCAACGCAGAGGGGGCCAUCAAGCUAGCAGACUUUGGACUAGCCAGAGCCUUUGGAGUCCCUGUUCGUACUUACACCCACGAGGUGGUGACUCUGUGGUACCGAGCACCUGAAAUCCUUCUGGGCUGCAAAUACUACUCCACAGCUGUGGACAUCUGGAGCCUGGGCUGCAUCUUUGCUGAGAUGCACCUAGUGUGUACCCAGCACCAUGCUAGGUGCUGUGGGGAACACAGAAGAAAUGGAAGACACAGUCUCUGCCCGCUGUGCUCCUAUCUAGAAGUGGCUGCAUCACAAGGAGGGGGGAUGACCGCAGUGUCUACCCCACACCCCGUGACCCGGCGGGCCCUAUUCCCCGGAGAUUCUGAGAUCGACCAACUCUUCCGGAUCUUUCGGACUCUGGGGACCCCAGAUGAGGUGGUUUGGCCAGGAGUUACUUCUAUGCCUGAUUAUAAGCCAAGUUUCCCCAAGUGGGCCAGGCAAGAUUUUAGCAAAGUUGUGCCCCCCCUGGAUGAAGAUGGACGGAGCUUGUUAUCGCAAAUGCUGCACUACGACCCCAACAAGCGGAUUUCAGCAAAGGCAGCUUUGGCUCACCCUUUCUUCCAGGAUGUGACCAAGCCAGUACCUCACCUUCGACUCUGAUGGCCUUCUCAAGCCCCUACUCCCAGUCUCACCCUCUCCUCCAGUGGGGGCAUGAUCUAGCUUGGCCCAGGGCUGUUAGCUCACUGAUCUUGUCUGGCUGCCUUAGCACUCACCUGUCCCUCUUAGCCAGCCAAAUCUGGGGAGAGGGGGUAGAGGGGAGAAAUAGGUGAAAUUGAAAGGAAGCGUCAAUAUUACAUGCACUUAAUCUCUGCACCAUGCUCUCCCCUUCCUCUUAGUCAUUGCUUAGGAGGGCUGGUAUUUUUUU